AUAAAAUAAAGUAUGAAAGAGAAUUACGAAGGGGGGAAAAAUGAUUUAGGUUUGAAGCAGGGUUUUACAUAUUUGUGAGUUUGAGCUCGCUCGCUCGCUCGCUCUUGGUUUCGUUCUUUCUUCAAACCCGCUCCCGCCAACAUUUUUCGCUGUUUUGCGUUCUCUAUUUGAGAGGAGCUCUCUUCUCUCUUCUCUCUCACUCGCUCUCUCAGAAGUAGAAGAAGAAGAAGCAUGAGUGCGGUGAACAUCACGAACGUCACCGUCCUCGAUAACCCCGCUUCCUUCCUCACCCCCUUUCAGUUCGAGAUUUCCUAUGAGUGCUUGACUUCUCUCAAAGAUGAUUUGGAAUGGAAGCUCAUUUACGUUGGAUCUGCCGAGGAUGAGACUUACGACCAAUUGUUAGAGAGUGUCCUUGUGGGUCCUGUCAAUGUUGGAAACUAUCGCUUUGUUUUGCAGGCUGAUCCACCGGACCCGUCAAAGAUUCGUGAUGAAGAUAUAAUUGGUGUCACCGUGCUUCUGUUGACCUGCUCUUAUCUGGGUCAGGAAUUUAUCCGCGUCGGUUAUUAUGUGAACAAUGAUUAUGAUGAUGAGCAGCUGAGAGAGGAACCUCCACCAAAGGUUCUAGUUGAUAAGGUUCAGAGGAACAUUUUAUCUGACAAACCAAGGGUCACCAAGUUUCCCAUCAAUUUCCACCCUGAGAACAACGUAAAUGAAGAGCAACCCCCUCAAAAUGACGAGCAGCCCCCUCAAAAUGAUGAACAACCCCCUCAACCUGAGCCCUCAUCUGAAGCUGAAGAAGGUCCACUUGCUUUAGUUGGUCGUGAUCCCCCAAAUGAGGGGGAUUCUUAACAUUUUGUAGGUAUACAGACUUUUCAAUUCCUAAAUCUCCAACUUUACAUUCACUGUAUGGAUGCAAUUUUGCGUAUCUAGUAUUGAUGAUGUGAAUGAUGAGAUUUAUGAAUUCUUUUGGAAGUAGGAGACCUUUGAAACACUAGGUUCAAAAUGCUUGUAAUGUGUUAAAACCAGUUUCUAUCCGUGAAGAUCUGCAAUGCAAACCCGAUUUCAUUGAUGAUCUUGCUGUUUCACUUUGUGAGCACAGAGGCUUAAUCAUAAUUCAUUUUUUGUUUUUCCUUU